ACCACCACAGACUUCACCUGCACCACGUUGUUACUGUUCCAGUGAACACGUGACGCCCCGAGGAGCGUCGUCGUCCUUUGAUGCGACAGGUCCAGCGACAACGUGCAGACACAUUGCGAGAAGGACAAAUAAAUAGCAAAGAGUGUCCCCAAGUCUACUUCCGGCCAGAGUGCCCGCUGUGCUACAAAACGAGCGCACCCCAUCUAGUCAGACCCACCCCGAGCCCGAUCCUAUAACGGAGCAGCGGAAGGACGGAGGGCACAACAACGCAGCACCAUCGCAGCACACAGACAGACCAUCAAUUCACGGGCCAUGAUGGGGAGGUUGUGCGAGGCCGCUGUUUUGUCCCUUCUUAUUGUGUUUCUCCUGAACACCGAAUUUACAUGGGCUAAAAGAGGAAGUAGCAGCAGCAGCAGCAAGAAAACCUCAUCUACCAGCAACAGGGGUGGGACACAAUCCAAGCCUAGCUCUCAGCCACGACAGCCGCAGAAUCCCAAUCGCAACCCUAAUCCUUACCCUGCCGGUGGAAGUUACCCUCAUCCUGGAACAGGCAACACCAAUCCAGGAGGAUAUCCCAGACAGAACCCUGCAAGUUAUCCAGGAGCUGGUAGUAACCCCAACCAAUAUCCUGGCAGAGUCAAUCCGGGAGGUUAUCCAAACCAAAACCCUGCUGGCGGCUAUCCUGCUGCCGGUGGAUACCCAGCAGCUGGAGGGUAUCCAGCAGCAGGUGGCUACCCAGCUGCAGGUGGUUAUCCGAACCAGUAUCCAGGAAGAAACAACCCAAAUCAGUAUCCAGCUGCAGGAGGCUACCCAGCAGGAGGUGGUUAUCCAAACCAGAAUCCAGGGAGGAAUUAUCCAAAUCAGUAUCCAGCUGCAGGAGGCUACCCAGCUGCAGGAGGCUACCCAGCUGCAGGAGGCUACCCAGUCAGAGGGGGUAAUACAGGGCAGGGUUGGGGUGCUGGUGGAAAUCCAGCGGGUUACCCUGGUGGUCAUCCAGGGGGGGGUUACCCAGGGGGGGGGUACCCUGGUGGUUAUCCUAACUGGAACCCAAACAAUAAGAUCCUCAGUCCCCGCUUUGGUGGAGGAAGCUAUGGACAGGGUGGCUAUGGGAUGGGCGGCUCUCCAUUCUCCCGUUCUGUGCAGGGCAUGGGAUACCAGCCAAAGUCAACCGGUUUCGCCAAAAAAGCCAUGAUGGCAGCAGGUGUUGGCGCCGUGGCUGGAAUGGCCGUUGGAUAUGGACUAGGGCGCUUCCCUCGUCCACAUUUCGGUUUCCGCAACCCUGAAGAGGAGUCCUACUACAACAACUACAUGUACCGCCGUUAUGGUUCCCGCUCCACAGAUGAAAAAGACUAUGGCCGUGAUUAUGUCUACAAGCUUCCGCCACGGGCUCUGUCUUAUGAGACCUUCAUGGGUCAAUGUAUGAAUAGGACUGGCGUUCUGAAAGAUCAGGGUGGCAGCACCGCCACUCUUAAGAGUGGAGGUGAUGAGGAUAAUGACACCGUCAGCAUUGAGGAGAUCGGAUACCCUGCACUCAUUGAGCAAAUAAAGUCCCGGCGCUGUGUAGAGGAGUACAUGGUUUAUUCUGAGCGCUUUCUGGAGGAACGAAAAGCCGAGCAACAAUUCCAGCCGAAUAACAGCAGCCCUGUGAGCUAUGGCUUGAUUCAGCUUUUCACCUCCCUCUGCAUGCUUCUGUCCAGCAUGCUCCUUCUCCAGUGAGAACAAUACGCCUUCCUUUCACCGUACCCCAAAUGGGUUUCUACUUCCCCCAAUAUACUUGCACGUCUACUUUGUACUAAUGUCCACAUCAUAAACUAUAGCUGUAUACUGUUGAAGCUCUUUGAGUCAUAUUUAGUCAACCAUCUUGUAUCGCUGCAGACUAACAAAAGGUACUAACAAGACAUUUAUGCGUAUAUGGUAACAGAGUAAGUACACUUUAAGAGGCAGCAGUCCAUUUAAAAUCUUUUUUUAGAUGACCAAUUUUGUGUUAUAUGAAAUGCACUUAUUUUUUUCUGCCAGUUUUAAUUCAUUUUGCACCUCUCUUAUUUAGCACUGAGCACUCAAAGCAUAGAAAACAGAUUCAGGGUAUUUAAGUUAAUGAUUUAGUGACAAUUUAUUAUGACAAUAAAUGUAUCUGCUACUGUGUAAAAUAGGAAUGUGACUAAGAGUUUUUUAUAUGUACAGAUUAUAUAACCAUCCCCUCAUCAGUAAUGGACAAUUAAAUAGACUAACAUUUCAAUUAUCAUUAGAUUUAAAAAAAAAAAAAGUACAAGUCAGGGUCCGGCUAUUAAAUUUGAAUGCAUACAAAUAUCAGCAUAAUGGGCGGAACUGUUAGUGUGUUUCAGCACUUAAAGAUAAAUAAUUGAUCAAUUUUAUCAUUGAUCAAUACUUAAAUUUGAAUUCUGCAGCAAGAACAAUGUAAGAGACAAGUAUGGUUUGGCAAAAAAAUGUGUAAAAAUCAUUGAAUUAUACUGGGAGAUGUUGGAGGUUAUCUUUUCCUCACCACUAAGGAUUUUCUUAUUAAAAAAUUUUAAAAAAUCACAAGUUAACACUUAAACAAUAGUUUGAAAUAAAUCCAAACAAUAAGACAUCCUUAGUUUAAUAACAAGUUCUACUUCCUCCUAGAUUGCAUCUAAUAGUUUUUGAGAAAAGGAGUGUCUUUUCUGCCUGCUGUUAAGAACAGUUGGUGCAUCUGUGGACAGUUCAGCCUGAUGCUUUUGCUCUGUGCAGUGAGUUGAUUGUGUUGUCGAAGAGAGGAGGUCCACAACAAUUCACUAACUCUGCUGUAUGUCCGUACUGUAAGCUUACCCAUCGCACACGGUUUCUUCAAGUCCAGUCGGAAAAUAUUAACUGGGGAACUAGAGGCACUGGCACUGACGUCAAAUUUCCUAGAAGCACUGGGAGCUACAGAGAGGUGUUGCUUCACCACUACAUCGUACAUGAAUAUUGGUGUCUUUGUUAGGAGCUUUCCUCCUUCUGCCAACCUUGGCUUCAUGUUCAUGUUUCCAGGCAUACGCUUAAGUUUCCUGAGACGCUGAAACUUUAUAGGCUUUCCAGGCCUGAGCUGGUCAGUGCAUGUCUGCAUCUUCCUCUUAUUGCCCCUCUGUCGCUCAGAGUCAUAGGUUAGAUGCUGGUGGGUCUGUACAUUUUUUUGUCAAAAUCCCCAAACCCUAUCCUCUCUCUCCAGUAUAUAGCUUUGGAAAUGUGCUCUCCUUUUUGACAGUUGUGUAUAGUGAUUUACUUGUUUUUUGUGGUAGUUUAUGUCUUUAUGUUUGUGAUUCUUUUAUUAUUACAGCUGGUUUUCGUUAUCCUGCUAUUUCAAUUCUUCCUUUCCCGCUGUUACUGUUCAUUUGAGUCUGCUGUUUGGACAGAGUGUAUUCAACAAAAGUCUUGGAAUGUUUACACAAUAUCUAGUGUGUACACACCUAUAUAUACACCUAUAUGUAAAGCCAAAAUAAAGAGUCAAGUGUGGUGCUGUCAAAAGUCUUGCAAAGCUAACUGUAUAUCUGGAAGUGACCAUAAGGACCCUGUUAUUUUGAUGAUUAUAAUUAUUUUUGUUCUUACCGAGCAAAUUCUUCUUCAUAUUUCUUCUAUUCUUUAAUCUCCCAGUUAAUUGUUUUUGUUAUCUCCACGCGAUGUCUCCAUUUUACUUUUGUUCAUUCUGGCUAAAUGAUUUUAGCCGAUUUGAAAGAACCAAUUUGUCAUCGGGAUCACGUCUGUGUGGUAGAAUGUCUGUAAAGUGCACUUAUUUCCCUGUAGGACUGGAUCUUUUGUAACUGCAUUGCAGAGCUCGCACCAGGAGUGUAGACGUCUUUGUGUAUUUUCUGGUUUUGACAACUUUAAACACACUCAUCUAAUUUUAAGACUGAUAUGAUUUAAGAUUGUCAUGAAUGUUUAUGUGUUCAAUAAAAAAUUAACAAAAUAA